GGGCUUUUUAUAUUGGCUCUUUAGUUUUUGCUCUCAUUUUUCUCUCACAGUUGUUUUCCUAUUUACAGUUAGUUCCGUCGUUUGCUCUGUACUGUAAGCGGUUUUCCGGUAGCGGUUUUCUGGUCAGUUAUCAUUAUGGUGAGAAAGAGGAGAACUGAGCUUCCUGGUGGUGGGGGUGAGAGCUCUGAACCCCAGGAAGUUGCAGGUGGAGAAUCUCAAAGACCGACUGAGAGGACUGUACCUCCUCAACAAGGACCGGGUGGUGGACAGCACCAAGGUGGAAGGAAUUGGGGUCCUCAGUCUCAGCAAGGUGGCCGCGGCGGCGGUGGUGGCCGUGGUCGUGGUGGGAUGUCCCAGCAGCAACAGUUUGGCGGUGGCCCUGAAUUUCAAGGCAGAGGAAGAGGAGGGUCUUCUCAGCAAGGAGGUCGAGGAGGUUAUGGCGGUGGUCGCGGCGGCGGCCGUGGAGGUCCACCUUCUGGUGGUCAAUCCAGAUCAUCAGUUCCCGAGCUGCACCAAGCAACCCCGGCUACUUAUCAAGCCGGGGUGUACCCUCAGGUUAUGCCAUCUGAGGCGAGUUCUUCAUCCCAUUCCCCAGAGCCAUCUCUUGUAGAAAUAUCGCAGCAGAUGCAAGAGGUUUCGAUUCAGCCAGAGCUUUCACCCAGCCAAGCAAUCCAGGCUGCUCCUCCUGCUUCAAGUAAAUCCAUGCGAUUCCCCCUUAGGCCUGGCAAGGGUAGCACUGGAAUAAAGUGUAUAGUGAAGGCAAACCACUUUUUUGCUGAAUUGCCAGACAAGGAUUUGCACCAGUAUGAUGUUACCAUCACUCCGGAAAUUGCAUCAAGGGGUGUAAACCGUGCUGUAAUGGAACAACUAGUUAAAUUGUACAGAGAAUCUCAUCUUGGAAAGCGCCUUCCUGCCUAUGAUGGUCGAAAGAGUCUAUAUACUGCUGGACCACUUCCAUUUUUGUCUAAGGAAUUCAAGAUAACUCUGAUAGAUGAGGAUGAUGGAUCAGGAGGACAAAGGAGAGAGAGAGAAUUUAGGGUUGUUAUCAAAUUUGCUGCUCGUGCAGACCUACAUCAUUUAGGGCUCUUUUUACAGGGAAGGCAAGCAGAUGCACCACAGGAAGCCCUCCAAGUUCUUGACAUUGUUUUGCGCGAACUGCCUACUACUCGGUACUCCCCAGUGGGUCGAUCAUUUUAUUCUCCUGAUCUUGGAAGAAGACAACCCCUUGGCGAGGGUUUGGAGAGCUGGCGUGGUUUUUACCAGAGCAUUCGCCCUACACAAAUGGGGCUGUCUCUGAAUAUUGAUAUGUCAUCCACUGCCUUCAUUGAGCCACUACCUGUCAUUGACUUUGUAACCCAACUGUUGAAUAGGGAUGUUUCCGCUCGACCAUUGUCGGAUUCUGAUAGAGUUAAAAUUAAAAAGGCCCUAAGAGGAGUUAAGGUUGAAGUUACUCACCGUGGAAAUAUGCGUAGAAAGUACCGUAUAUCUGGUUUAACAUCACAGGCCACACGAGAGUUGACUUUCCCAGUUGACGAAAGAGGAACCAUGAAAUCUGUGGUGGAGUACUUUUACGAGACUUAUGGUUUCGUAAUUCAACAUUCUCAAUGGCCAUGUCUACAAGUGGGAAAUCAGCAGCGGCCAAAUUAUUUGCCCAUGGAGGUAUGCAAGAUUGUUGAGGGCCAGAGGUACUCUAAGAGAUUGAAUGAGAGGCAGAUCACUGCCUUGCUGAAGGUGACCUGUCAACGUCCUCAUGAACGGGAGCGUGACAUUAUGCAGACUGUUCAUCAUAAUGCUUACCACAAUGAUCCAUAUGCUAAGGAGUUUGGAAUUAAAAUUAGCGAAAAGCUUGCUUCGGUGGAAGCGCGAAUUUUGCCUGCCCCAUGGCUCAAGUAUCAUGACACCGGCAGAGAAAAGGAUUGCCUGCCACAAGUUGGGCAAUGGAACAUGAUGAAUAAGAAAAUGGUUAAUGGUGGAACAGUGAACAAUUGGAUCUGUGUCAACUUUUCUCGGAAUGUUCAAGACAGUGUGGCCCGUGGUUUCUGCUAUGAGCUUGCACAAAUGUGUUACAUAUCUGGGAUGGCAUUUAAUCCUGAACCGGUACUUCCUCCAGUUAGUGCUCGUCCAGAGCAGGUAGAGAAGGUACUAAAAACUCGUUACCAUGAUGCCAUGACAAAGCUACAGGGCAAGGAGCUUGACCUGCUUAUUGUAGUUCUCCCUGACAAUAAUGGCUCUCUAUAUGGUGAUUUGAAGCGUAUCUGUGAAACGGAUCUUGGGCUUGUUUCUCAGUGUUGUUUAACUAAGCAUGUUUUCAGAAUGAGCAAACAGUACUUGGCCAAUGUCGCUUUAAAAAUAAAUGUCAAGGUUGGGGGGCGAAACACUGUCCUUGUUGAUGCAAUAUCAAGGCGCAUUCCUUUAGUCAGUGACAGGCCCACUAUUAUUUUUGGUGCUGAUGUCACCCACCCUCAUCCUGGGGAAGAUUCGAGCCCGUCUAUUGCAGCUGUUGUGGCUUCUCAAGAUUGGCCGGAGGUUACAAAAUAUGCUGGUUUGGUUUGUGCACAAGCCCAUAGGCAAGAGCUUAUUCAAGAUCUGUUUAAAGAAUGGCAAGAUCCUGUUAGAGGAAAAGUUACCGGUGGCAUGAUCAAGGAACUCCUUGUAUCUUUCAGAAGAGCAACAGGGCAGAAGCCUCAGCGUAUUAUAUUUUACAGAGAUGGUGUUAGCGAAGGGCAAUUCUACCAAGUUUUGCUGUAUGAACUUGAUGCUAUCAGGAAGGCAUGUGCUUCUCUAGAACCAAAUUAUCAGCCUCCUGUCACAUUUGUUGUGGUUCAGAAGCGCCACCACACAAGAUUGUUUGCAAACAACCAUCAUGACCGUAAUGCUGUUGACAGGAGUGGGAAUAUAUUGCCUGGUACUGUUGUGGACUCUAAAAUUUGUCAUCCAACUGAAUUUGACUUCUAUCUGUGCAGCCAUGCUGGAAUUCAGGGUACAAGUCGGCCAGCUCAUUACCAUGUCUUAUGGGACGAGAACAAGUUUACUGCUGAUGGAUUGCAGUCCCUUACAAACAAUCUUUGCUAUACAUACGCAAGAUGCACACGAUCUGUUUCCAUUGUGCCCCCUGCAUACUAUGCUCAUCUUGCAGCAUUUAGAGCUCGGUUCUACAUGGAACCAGAGACAUCAGACAGUGGAUCAAUGACAAGUGGACCGGCAGCUGCACGUGGAGGCAUGGGCGGAGGUGGAGGUGGCAGGAGCACACGCGGGCUUGCAGGUAGUGCUGCUGUGCGUCCCUUGCCUGCAUUGAAGGAGAAUGUGAAGCGUGUCAUGUUUUACUGCUAAGUUAUGUGUUUUCUUAAAAUAACUGCUGUCUGCUUUCUGGGGAGUUUUAAGUUUAUGUCCGAAUUUCAGAUCCAAAUGAAUAUUUAAGUUUAAGUUUAUUAGAUUGGGACUUAUAUUA